AUGGUCCGUAAGACUGUUACCAGUUCAAAAAAAAUUACAAAACCCCAAAUCGGGGUCGUCUUCCCCAUUUUCACCCAAAGACCACCACGUCCGCCGUUAAUCAACCCAAAACCUCCAUCUUCACCGUCCCCCACGUACAACCGCCACCAUCUUCACCGGCGUCCCACCUUCACCACCGUUCACCUCCGCCACCACCGCCGUCCCUCCUUCACCAUCCACCCCAUCCGACCGCCAUCACCACCACCGCCUCGCCAUAAACCACCGUCUCCACCACUCCAUUCAACCACCACACCCUUACCGCCUCAACCACCAUCGCCACUCACCACUGUUCACCGCCUUCACACCACCAACCGCCGCCCGAUCUCCACCGAACCGCCACCACAGCCUGUUCACCACUUCCACCUCGAUUUUCGCGCACUAUCGACACUCAGGAUUGCGACCGCCUCGCUCGUACUCAAUCUCCAUUCGGGCGAGGACGGUAUGGCAUCUUCGUCGUCAGCACAGCCGUCUCGCAAGCGAGGACGUCCUUCAUGCACUCCAGCACCACAGCCGCCACCUGAGCGUCCUGCUAGAGUGAUCCGAUAUUCUGAGGAUCCACAGAUGCCUGAUCCGCUUGCAGCGAUACCACCACCAGCUGACCUCCCACCGGAGGAGGGACACACACUGCUGCAGUUUCACCCAGAUUCAGAUGAGUACGCAGCUUUACAGAGGUAUCUCGGUUUGUGUAUCACCGAGCUAGAGUACUGGAUUGGGGUUUGA